AUGGCAAACAUCGAACUGACGCUGGCAUGUGAAGACUACGACCGCACACGGGCCAUGAAGGACGGCCUGGUGAAGCCCGAAGGCAUCGACUUGAACUACGUGGCCCUGCCGGUGGAGGAGAUCUUCUGGCGCAUGCUGCACUUCCAGGAGUUCGACGCCGCCGAGAUGUCCAUGGGGGCGUACCACGUGGACGCGUCCCGCGGUCAUCGGCCGUUCAUCGCCAUCCCGGUGUUCCCCUCCCGCAUGUUCCGGCACCGUUGCAUCUUCGUCAACACCGCGUCCGGGAUCAAGAAGCCCGAGGACCUCAAGGGCCGGCGCGUGGGCGUGCCGGAGUACACCAUGACCGCGUCCGUGUGGGUGCGGGGCAUGCUGCAGCACGACUUCGGGGUGGAGGCCAAAGACGUUCACUGGAUCCAGGGCGGGGUGGAGCAGCCGGGCCGCAAGGACCGCGUACCCUUCGACGCCACCGGCCGGGGUCGAGAUCGACACCGAGGAGCACCGGACCCUCGACGACAUGCUUGA